AUGGGUUGCGGUAUGAGCACUGAGGAGAAGGAGGGAAAGGCCAGGAAUGAGGAGAUUGAGAACCAACUUAAGAGGGACAAAAUGUUGCAGCGAAAUGAGAUCAAGAUGCUUCUCCUUGGAGCUGGUGAAUCCGGAAAGUCUACUAUCUUGAAACAGAUGAAACUUAUUCAUGAAGGAGGUUAUUCGCGCGACGAGCGAGAAUCAUUCAAGGAAAUUAUUUUCAGCAACACAGUCCAAUCAAUGCGCGUUAUCCUCGAAGCCAUGGAGUCCCUGGAAUUACCUCUCGAUGAUCAAAGAGCAGAAUACCAUGUUCAAACCAUCUUCAUGCAGCCACAACAAAUUGAAGGAGACAAUUUACCACCCGAGGUCGGAAGUGCUAUUGCUGCUUUAUGGAAGGACGCUGGUGUCCAAGAUUGUUUCAAGCGAUCCAGAGAGUACCAAUUGAACGACUCUGCUAGAUACUAUUUUGAUAACAUCGAAAGAAUCGCUCAACAUGAUUACAUGCCAAACGAUCAAGAUGUCCUUCGCUCUCGUGUCAAGACCACGGGUAUCACCGAAACCACCUUCAUCAUUGGAGACCUCACCUACCGCAUGUUCGAUGUUGGAGGACAACGUUCCGAGCGAAAGAAGUGGAUCCAUUGCUUUGAGAAUGUCACCACAAUCCUCUUCUUGGUCGCUAUCUCCGAGUACGAUCAAUUGCUUUUCGAAGAUGAAACUGUCAACCGUAUGCAAGAAGCGCUUACACUUUUCGACUCGAUUUGCAAUUCGAGAUGGUUCAUUAAGACUUCAAUCAUCUUGUUCUUAAACAAGAUUGAUAGAUUCAAGGAGAAGCUUCCCGUCAGUCCUAUGAAGAACUACUUCCCAGACUAUGAAGGUGGAGAUGAUUACGCUCUCGCAUGUGACUACAUCCUGAACAGAUUCGUCAGUCUCAACCAGCACGAGACCAAACAAAUCUACACACAUUUCACUUGCGCUACCGACACUACGCAAAUUAGAUUCGUCAUGGCGGCUGUUAAUGACAUCAUCAUACAAGAAAACCUCCGCUUGUGUGGCCUGAUAUAA